CAAGCUCGAACCCGAUCGAGUGAGCAGUGAGCCGCCCGGACCUGCCCUACAGGUCGACGACAUUACUCGAGCUCCUCACCACAGCUCCGCACGGUCACAGCUUCGCAGCUCUUGCGUGUCCCGGCGGCCGCGGGUGCUGUUUGUUUGCUGGAUACAUGUGCAGCUUGAGCAAUGCCGCCGCCGCCAUCAUCUCGAGCUUCCAACUUGACCUCGACCUUCUCUGUCACCGACCUCAACAAUGAGGUCGUUUGUCCGCUGCACAACCAGGAUGGCUCGAGCUGUCGCAAGCGAUGUCUUGGCGAGAAGCGCUUCCGCUCCAUGCAGGAGCACAUCCGCCGUGCGCAUCCGGAAUACUAUAUUCCGAAGCUCCCGGCUACCAAGGACAGCUUCGAACUCAUGAUCAACACCCCUCCCCACGAGCGUCCACCACAAGACACUCAUGGCAAUCCUGUCACGCUCCCACCCCCAGCCCCGUCGCAGCAUACCGAUCCGUCAGGUCAGCCUCCUGCCUUGUUCAACCUUGACGCAGGCGCAGGGCUGAGCUCCUUCGAAGGCUAUCAGCCGCUCGGCUCGCAUGACGGCGGUUACUACACCACCGGCGACGCCGAGGCUGCCGCAAUCUUCAACAGUAUGCAAGCCGCGCAGCGCUCGUCGGAUGAGUAUCGGCGUGGGUCGCUCAUCCCCGCUGCGUCCGCGGCUGCUGCGCUGGCACAGCUGCAUUACCACCGGCCUGACUCCGCAGGUUGGGGAGACACCGAUGGCAUGGGACAGAACUUCUACGCCGACCAGAACAACGAGCUGAAGACCAAUCACUUCGGAGUAGAUCCUGCGUUGGAGGAUGGUAACAUUCUUGGCACAGACCAAGGCGGGUUGUCACAUCAUGAUCCAUUUCACAGUUUGCAGGACCACUCCGGCCUACUACCCAGCACUCUUGCAGGCUCGCCGCCAGGUCGGCCUUCGACGCUACCGCCUUUGCAGCGAAGUACGUCACGGCAUCAGCCGAACAGACCAAGAAAGAGUAGCCUUAGCCAACAAGCACGGCUCGCUAAGCACGAGCGCAAGCGGUCGAAAGAGCUGAAGCGGCACAGUGGCGAUAGGAAAGCCUUCUCUGCCGAGCCCAGCAGCGCCGCAGCCUUGUAUGGCAAGAGGUGGGAGGAUCUGAUUGAUGCUGCGACGAGCGCCACCGAAGAGGAGGGCUCGAGAGAUCUAACACCGAUCCCCGCAUCACCAUAUCAAUCACCGCAAGCAGCCUCGCGCACUUCGCUACCUCCAUUUGCACUCGGCUCCCAGUUCCAGUCUUUCCAAGCAUCACCGCUGAACCGCGCACUCACGCCUCCACCGCCCGACCCAGGUCUGGCGGACCUUCAGCCUUUUGCAUCGGUCGACUCUUCGCUCUCUUCCGCUGUAUCCCAUCACCAUCACGCCUCUAGUGCCGACUCCACGGGGUCACAAUUCCACAUCAUGAACCCGAACUCUAUCACCACCGGUGACUCGAACACGACGUCGCCUUUGUACACUUCCGCCUCUCCCGUCCAGAUAUACUGCGCCGGCUGCCGGAGGCUCAGUGUUCUGAAAGAGAGCUACGCCUGCACCAAUUGCAUCUGCGGGCUGUGCGGCAACUGCGUGGAAGCGAUCAUCAACGGCCAGAGCCGGGGCAGAAUGAGCAUGUGUCCGCGGUGUAGCGGGAUGGACAGCAACUUCAAGCCCUUCCAACUGGAGCUCCGAUGAAAUGCUGCGAUGUGGGAAGGAGGAGGGCGCGCUGCAAGAAGAGGGUGCGUCUGACGAAGCGCGUGCGCUGUUUACGAUUGCAACGAUUUCUAUUUGGGUUACUCCUCUGGUUAAGAAGACGGAGUACUAGCCGGGACGGCACGCUUUUAGAGGGCAUCGCAUGGCGUUGGAGGCUGCACAUGUCGCUCACCAAGGCUGAAGAAGCCGAACGAUGUUGCGUUGAUUCUGUCUA